CCCCUUCCUGAAAUAAAAGGGAAGCGCAACAAGUUUACUAACUUUAAAACGGUGUCGUCAUCAACACCGUCACAUCAGACUAAGGAGAAAACUGUGCAGUUUAAAACGGCACAGCAAUGACACAGCAAUGCAAACAAAUGAUGUCGCAGGUGGAAUUGAACGAAGGCAGCGUAGACAUUCCAGGCUGCUCGUCACCACUCUUCUACAGACAAAGUCGACCAUCCUCGGGGGAUGUCAAGAUGUCUGUUUUGCUUCUUCAUGGUCGCCGCUUCUCCUCGGAAAACUGGCUCAGCAACGGCACCCUUCACACGCUGGCCGAUGCCGGCUGCCGGGCAGUUGCCAUCGACCUUCCAGGACUGGGCUGCUCCAGCUCAGCCGAGGCGCCAGCGGCCAUGGGAGAGUUGGCCCCCGCUACGUUCCUGAAGGACGUAUGUGAGCGACUGCAGCUGAGUCCCGUGGUGCUGAUCAGCCCGUCACUCAGUGGCAUGUAUUCCCUCCCCUUCCUGCUGCAACACCAGCACCUACUACGGGCCUACAUUCCCGUCGCGCCCAUCUGCACCGAAAAGAUCGGCGCAAAACAAUACGGCGGCGUCAAGGUGCCGUCACUUAUUGUCUAUGGCGAUCGUGACGCUGAGCUGGGGCAGGUGUCGCUUAGCAACCUGAGCCAGCUGGCCAAUCACAGCGUGGCGGUGAUGAAAGGGGCGGGGCACGCCUGUUACCUGGACGACCCUGACACGUGGCACCGUCUACUCUCUGACUUCCUUGCUAAACUCUGAGCUUCAACUGUACAAAAAGAAUGGAGCAACAAACAAAAGAAAGAGGGAGCUCAAGUCAUCCUCUCACACACGCGCACAUUUGCGAGAAACAAAUACAAAAUAAAAAUCUGUUUGGACUUCAGACCUCAAACUUAUCAACAGUGCUCUUUUCCUAUAUUUAUAUUGAGAUAUAUAUACUGACUUCACUUUGACUGAUUCCGACUUGUUUUCUCUAUUUUCUUUUAAACACACACUUUUGUCAAACAUUGUCACAGAGCACCAGACUACACACUACACGAUCACAUACACACUGUCCCCCUCACACACGGACGCAGCCUGCCUCCCCCUUUGCUUCUUUUAACCCUCGUCACAAUGUGAUUUUUGGCGAACCUGUCCAAUCAACAAAGACUUAGCUGGAGACUUUUUUUUAACCCUUCUGUUAAUAUUUGUUACAUUGUUCGGAUCCAACUAAUAACUCUAUUAAUAACCAUUAUAAUCAAUGAACUGAGCUAAUUUGAGCUGAGGUUAGAAUAUUUUUCCAAACAUCAGGAAAAAAAACAUUUGAUUUGUAUUUAUUUUGUUAACUGACACAUGUCAUACUGCUAGGUGGCAACAUUUGUUUGUUGUGUAACAAUACCGCCGUCAUGUUUCGUUUGUUUCUCAGGGGUGUUUUUUUUUUUUUUUUUUUUUAAUGGCUCAUUGGUAAUUGUUACUGUUUAAGUCAAUAUUUGAAUCAGGUCAGUUUGACCUAUGUCGUGUUUUGUAUUAUCAAAGGUUCAAAUGAUUAAAAAAAAUAAAUCCCGAUAUACAUUCUGAACUCCAUUAAUAAUCUAAAACAUGGUGGGGGUGUGCGGGGCGAGGGGGAUCAGAGCUCUGUUGUGCGUGACGCUAAGGCAAUCAAAUAGAGAGGCGUCGUUUUUCUACGUUGCAUUUUAAAAACUCAAUACACUGACCAACUAACACAUUCUGUCAAUCCAAAAAGCGAUGACGUCCCUUUUUGUUUUUUUUCUCAACGUCCAUAACACUGGAUUGUGUUCAUUGCGACACACAAACAAGAACUUAAAAAAAACAAUCAGCCCUCACAUCACACGCACUAUUUUAAAGACAUUCCACUCAAUUAAUGCACGCACGCAUACACGCAGGCAGAAUUAGAGCAGUCAAGAGGCCCUAAUUAAAGAAACAAAACACAUGACCCAAUAAUAAGGCUGGAUUUACGCUGCAAGUGGCACAAUUCAGAUUUGCUGUGUCAAAGGGCAAAAGUCACUUUUGUUACUUUUCUUAAUUUCGCAUAGUGUCCACUUUUUGUGACUCUUUCAGUCUCCGUAUCUCAAUACAGGUUCAUGAUCAAACAUCAAAAUUUUGUGUUCAGCUUACUGAAACUUUGAACAGUUAGACUUUCAGAAAUUUAGGGAAGGUGAAAUUAAACUCAGUUGCACAGAGGUUUGCGUACAUUUUCGGUUCAACCUCAAAUUUCACCCAAAAGCACAAUAUCCCAAACUUUCUGUGAGAAGCAGAAAUAGCCGUGACGUUUUCACAAUUUAAAACAUUUCAAAAAUAUCCAAUGACAUCAGCCAAAGCAUAGACAAUUCAAUAUGGUGUAAAUAUAUAUAUGCUACAUUAGGGGCGUGUCCAUUACUUGGGGAAAAAAAGCAAAGCAAAUUCUCUACGAUAGCCAGUCGAGUAAUGUGAGGGUUGCUAAACUCUCAAUAUUUGUACUAUCCAUGUAUUAUUGUUUACUGACGUGCGGAAUUAUUGACGAGCAAUUUGGUUGCCUGCGCAUGCAGGUUGGUUUUAUGUGUUCCCUUGAAAUGUACAUGAAACUAGUCACGAAAAUCUGUUUUAGGCGAUUAAUGGGACAUUGCGCACUUGAAACCUGCGGCGUAAAUCCAGUCCAAGUGUGUGUGCUGAUAGUUGACUGAUCAUAGUGAUGUGAUGGCAGUCAGAUGGCUGCUCUAUCUAAAGCUGAUCCCUUUCCAAGAUGGCCGCUUGAUUUGAAAGAAACGACGAGUACUAUACGGUCGCCUCGCUCGUCUACCACAAAGUGCGUCAAGGCACUAUUAUGAAAUGAAGCGGAUCCUAAACAGUCUAAAAAGACGACCACGUGACAGGCGCGGACUACGUUUGGUGGCCAUUUUGGGGACAGCAUGAUAAGGCCUGAACCACCCUGGCACGGAACCCAUGAAGAACAUGUGACAGAAUACAGUUUAACGAGAAGAAGCAAAGCCUUCUAUGGAGUAAUUGAAAGGAAAGCAAAUGUCAAAUUACGAGGAAAACUGAUGUCAAAUUGCGGGAAUAAUAUUCCGAUAUUACAAUAAGGAAUUUGGAUUUUUAGAAAGGGAAAAAAAGUUGACAUUUUGUUUACACCGUAUUAAUUUUUUACUGAUCUCAACUAAUCUCAAUCAAUCUUACAAUAUUCUGACUCUAUUGC